UGAUAUUAUGCAAGUCCUUGAACCUUCCUCUCGAAUGCAACGGAUUUUGUGGCGCAUGGCAUAUACAACUUACACUUAUUUCGGCUUCACACUCGUUCACCCAGCCUUCACUAUAUAUAUAUAUAUAUAUAUAGCUAUAAGCAUGUUUGCAAAUUGCCAUUGCACCUUGAUCUUAUAUAUUGACUACCUUAUACUGCCCUCUUUUCUCUGUGUCAGUUAAACCAGAAGAGAGAUCAUGGGACAGAAGAUCAAGAUUGGCAUCAAUGGAUUUGGAAGGAUUGGCCGUUUGGUCGCCAGGGUGGCACUGCAGAGAGACGACGUGGAGCUUGUUGCUGUUAAUGAUCCUUUCAUCACAACUGAUUACAUGACUUAUAUGUUCAAGUAUGAUACUGUUCAUGGCAAAUUCAAAAACUGUGAGAUUAAGAUUAAGGACAGUAAAACCCUUCUCCUUGGUAGUAGCCCGGUUACUGUUUUUGGCAUCAGGAACCCGGAGGAAAUUCCAUGGGGUGAGGCUGGAGCUGAUUAUGUUGUUGAGUCCACUGGAGUUUUCACUGAUAAAGACAAGGCAGCUGCCCACUUGAAGGGUGGCGCAAAGAAGGUUAUUAUUUCUGCCCCAAGCAAGGAUGCCCCAAUGUUUGUUGUUGGUGUCAAUGAGAAGGAAUAUAAGUCUGAUAUCACUGUCGUUUCUAAUGCUAGCUGCACAACCAACUGUCUUGCUCCACUUGCAAAGGUUAUACAUGACAAAUUUGGUAUCCUUGAAGGCCUCAUGAGCACCGUUCACUCUAUGACUGCCACUCAAAAGACUGUUGAUGGACCAUCAAUGAAGGACUGGAGAGGUGGAAGAGCUGCUUCUUGUAACAUCAUUCCUAGUAGCACUGGAGCUGCUAAGGCUGUUGGUAAGGUGUUGCCAUCCCUUAAUAAUAAGUUGACAGGAAUGUCUUUCAGAGUUCCAACUGUAGAUGUUUCAGUGGUUGAUCUCACUGUUAGACUUGAGAAGGGAGCCAGUUAUGAUGAGAUUAAAGCUGCUGUCAAGGAGGCAUCUGAGGGAAGUAUGAAAGGAAUCCUUGGUUACACAGAGGAUGAUGUUGUGUCUACUGAUUUUGUGGGUGACAACAGGUCAAGUAUUUUUGAUGCAAAGGCUGGAAUUUCAUUGAACAACAAUUUUGUGAAACUUGUCUCUUGGUAUGACAAUGAAUGGGGCUACAGCACACGUGUGGUUGACUUGAUUCGACACAUGGCCUCAGUCUAAAGAGCUACAAGGAUUUUUUCCCAAAUCCCAUGCCUUUCAGCAUUCAGCUUAUUUGCUCUAUGAUUAUAAAGUAGUAUUUGGAAUAAUGUAGUAAAAAUACAAGAAGUGAUGUCUGUCCCUCACUCGGGAUAUCCUUUACUUUUGACAAAUUUUGUUAUUAGAUUUCUUCCUGUCAAGGAUAGUCUUAACUAGUAAUUGGUAGGUUAUCGUUUUCUAUAUUGGCAUCAAAUUUUGAGAGACUUUACUCGGUGAUAUCUAUAUUAAUAAUACAUUAAUAUUUCUUUUAA